AUGAACCUUUUUGCGCAUCAGGCAGCGGUGACGGCGAUCCUAUCAGUGGAGGCCGUGGGGAUCGACGACAAGUGGCUGUGCGUCGCAUGUAGCCAGUACUGGUAUAUCUUCGGCCAGGAACGAGACCUUCGGGUCUACGUACUGCAAGAGCAGCUUGGUGCGGCCCGCAAAGACGGUGCUGCUCAAUGGGAGAAUGGCGAUUGUCCAAUGAUAGAGGAAUUGAAAGGCAAGAAGUGUGGGCGACCUCUGAACUAG